CACAGAUCUACCUUUGUCUUGAACUUCUCUGUGUUCUGAAACAACAGCAAUGGCGAAAACUAUGAGUGUGUGGUAUCUUUUGGUCACCAUAACUUUCCUUCAUGCUGCUUCUAGAGGUGCUACUGCUGAUACUCAAAAAGUUACUAAUAACCCUGCGGACAAGUUGGUAGCUGUGAUUAAUGAAAACAGAACUGCUGACAAGUUAUCAACUUUAUUUGAUAACCCGGGACUUGCCUGUAUUGCUCUACAAUACAUUAAGGCAUACCAGGGAGAUUGUAAUGCCGUUGGAGGACCUGAUGCCAAGAAGCCUCCUGAAUCUCAAUUUGCUGAAGUUUUUGCACCAACCUGUGGUGUUAAGACAUCAACUCUUGCUCUUACAACUGGUCGUUUUCUGGGGUGCCAGUCUAAGUAUGUCCAUGCACCUGAGGCAUUUUCCGAAAUCCUGAUAAGAAACCAGAAGAGUUUAGACAUACUGCACAGUAAGAAUCAUACUCAGGUGGGUGCUGCUGUCACAGGUACUGAUGGGGGGUCUCCUUAUUUCUGGUGUGUGUUGUUUAGCAAUGGCAAACCUAAUAGCACCUUUGCUUUUGAGGAUGGUGUGGCUAAAAUAUCAAGACCUGGUUGCUUUAGCGGAGCUAAUGAUGAGUGUAGUGGUGCUCAUGAUUGGUCACCACUCACUGGGAUAUGGCUACUUGCAACUUCAGUUCUGAUUGCAAUGGGGUUUGCUUUUCCAUUAUGAUCAUAAAUUGAGUUUUAAAUUGUAUGGAUUCCCACUUGAUUUAGGGGCCUUCAAUCGUCUUUGUUGUAUAUGACUGGCUUGGCCUCAGCUAUUCUUUUUUCCCCUUCAUUUUGAUUAUGUUAUUUAUCAACAGAUUCAGGCCAAUUGUUUUCUAAAUUCAUUGUUGGAAAUAUUUUUCUUAUGUU